AGCUAUUGUUAUUUUCUACAGCUAAAGUACCAUUCACCGUUCAGGUUGACUUUGAAGGAAAACUCUUGAUGAAUAGCUGGAAUCAAAUCGUCUAGGUUUUUGUUCGCUCUUUUUUUGUAAGUUAUUUUUUGAUCCAGUAGGUUAAUACUCGUUUGCAUUUUCGACUAUUUAAAUUACUCCCUUCCGCUUCUGAGUUAAUACAUCCUUCUAUAUUUUUUUGGUUCAUUUAAAAAAAAAAAAAACACUGGUUUUUAGCUCCAAAAAUUUGAAUUGGCUCUUAGAAUUGCUGAAUGCAGGAUCCGAUUCUGUUUUUGUGAUUUUUUUUUUACACGAAAAGCCUAAAUCGAAAAAAUAAUUCAGAUAUCCCUUCUUUUAUAUUUGAAUUUUCUAAUUUUCGGGUUGCUAUAUUCUUUCAUACCCAUAUUUCACCUUAAAUUUUUUGUGUCUAAUAUUUGCAUGAUUUUAUGCUUCUAAUUCCCUCUAUUUUUAUUUCUCUUUCUUUUAAUCAAGUCUCAUCUUUUGCCGAAUUUAUCGACCUAAUAGUUUAUUCUCAGAUAUGUUUCCUUUGGGAAGUGUUGCAGAAACAGCCGCUGGAGAACGAGGGUUCGUUCGUUAUGUCGGUGAAGUUGAAAACCGUAAAGGCACCUUUGUAGGAUUGGAAUUAUUUCCUGAAUACGCGGAAUCCGGAAAAAACAGAGGGGUCGUAGAUGGAAAAGAGUAUUUUAAGACAAGGAAUGGAGAUAGAACAGGUAUUUUUUUACCUGUCGAUAAGUGUAAAUUAGCUUCCUCUAUAGCUGCUUCGCCCUCAUCAUCUCCAAAAGGUAGUGAAAAUUAUAUCGCAUCUCCAGCUCCCACUUCUCUUCCUAUGUCUCCCAAUUUACAAUCUUCUAUCCCAAGGCUAACUGCUUUUCCUCCGAAUAGCAACUUAAACGUAAACAGCAUUUCGUCGACAGCUCUAACCCCCACGGAAAAGAUCCUUCAAAAACGUAUCGAAGACCUACUCUUCGAACGUCAAACUCAUCAACAACAGUUGGAGGAAGUCCUCUCAAGCGUUGAUCAGCUUCAGGCUUUAGUCACAAACUUUACGGAUCAGCAGGAUGAGCUAGAUGAGCUACGCGAGCGAAUAACCAUGAAAGAGGAACGUAUUCAACAAAUGAGAGAAGAAGCUUCUCAAAGGCGUCAUGAUUUUAAAACAACUAUCGAGUAUUUAGAAGAUUCUACAUCUCGUGUAGUUGAAUCUUACGAACAUCGAAUAUCCGAACUUGAAUUUCAAUUGGAAGCAUAUUCCAGCGAUAAGCAAGGAGAAACAAUAAUAACAUUAUGUCAAGAACGGAAUGAAGCACUAAGUCACAUUGAAGUCUUAGAGGAACGCCUUGAGAAAUUGCUUAAAUCACGAACGCCUGCAGAAAACGGGGUUGUCAAUGGGAAACACCAGAGCAUAAUGGAAAGCGGCUCCCCAACUUUGACCAAUAUUUCAUAUGAAAGUCAUUCACGCGGUAAAGCUUCUCGAGAAUUACCCGAAAACCAUCCACAACGCCGCCAGACAUUAGAGUUUUAUGAAAUUGAAAUCGAGGUAUUACGAAACAAGGCUGAAUCGUUGCAGGCGGACUGCGAAGAAAAGAAUUACUACAUUGGUGAGUUAGAGGCUCGUUUGGGUAAAACUAGUUUUACUACAUCUGGCACGGAACCUAAGCAUAGCUCUACAGCCGAGCGAGAAAAGCUGCUUGAUCGAAUUACGGAGCUUGAAUCUACGAUAGAAAGAAUGACGCUCCAUGAUAACUUGGAAGCUAAAAACCUGUCUUCCGUAAAUAGUAUCCCAGCCAAUGCUGUGUCACAACAUACCGAUAAUAAUUCCGUUUGGUGUGAAGUUUGUGAAAAUUCAAGUCAUACUUUAGCUGAAUGCCCUACCGUUUUUGGUACAAAAGAAGAAAACUGACUUCGUAAACCAUGAUUAUACAUGUAUAUUUAUUGCAUUUUUAGCUUUGAAUGAAUGAAUAAUGUUUCAGAUACCUACUUCAAAUGAGCUAUUGCUUUUCUUAUCCAGAAAUAAUUUCUUUUAAUACUGAAUUAUUUACUUUGUUACGCUUUAUUUUUGGCUUUGCCAAAAACCUAUACCAUCAAAACAGAUGGGAUAUCGAAUCUAAUCAUACACUGAAACCUUUAUACAUUAAAUAGUCUUAACAAAUUUCAUUAAGCUCGUGAAAAAUCAUGGUCAUAAAUUAAGCGUCAUCAUUCGCAAAUACAUGAAUUACUGUAUAAGUUUCAGAUGAGACUUUAAAUAUUGCUCGCUUUCUUUAGGACCAUUACUACCCGCAGGAUAGGUCAAAGGCUGAGUAGGAGAAUCUAAAAUUUCAUCAAAAAUGCGCCAGGCAUACUCGACUUCGUCGUACCGGACAAAUUUUGUAGGAUUGCCCUUAAUAGCAUCCUCGAAUAAGAUUUCAUAUGCAUCCCUUUUGUGUUUCAUCUCUUCUGCAAACUGCUCUUUGAAGUUUAAAUUCAAAGAGGCAUUAACGCAACUACGCUCCGAACUCAUGGGCUUAUUGACAAAGGCAGUCAAAGUAACUUCCUGGUUUGGUUGUACUGUAAAUGAAAUAUAGUGGUCUUGAUUAACGUCAGAAAAGACACCAGAGUCCUUCCCUUUCAAAUAAUAUCUGAUUUCAACCUUUCCUUUCGACAUGCUCUUUCCUGAAUCAAAAACAAAAGGAACGCCUUUCCAACGUUCAUUGUCUACGUAUAAUGUGGUUGCAACAUAAGUAGUAGCUUUGCUUUCCUUUGGUACCCCCUCUAAAUCCUUAUAACCUGGCUUAUCCUGACCAGCAGUAUACUGGCCCAAGAUAGAGUCCUUCAAGGAAGCAGGCUUUGUGGCCUUUAAUACUUUGACCUUUUCGUAACGAACAUCAUCUGGACCUUCAGAUUUUGGUUCAUCCAUAGCAGCUACCGUGAAAAUUUGAGCCAUGUGGUUUUGGAGAACGUCUCGAACAACACCGUUGAUGUCGUAGUAGCCUACACGGCCUUCACAACCACCACUUUCCCACAUAGAAAUUCCUACAGAUUUGAUGUGGUGAUUAUUAAGCAAUGCAUCCAAACUGUGUGGGUUGGCGAACCGUAGGGUAGGAAUAUUGAUUACCAUGUCUUUAGCUAAGUAAUGGUCAAUACGGUAGAUUUCGUCUUCCUUCCAUUUUUUAUGUAGUUCUUCUUUGAGUUUGAUAGAAGAAUCAUAAUUAUCGCCAAAUGGUUUCUCAAUGAUAAUUCUGGUCUUCCCAUCUGGAAGAUAGGCAUGGUCAUGAAUGAGAUUUCCUACAGAAACGUAGGCUGAAGGGGGUAAAGCCACGUAAAAAAUACGAAGACUCUUUGAGGGAUCAGUGCUUUUCUCUAAUCCCUGAAGAUACUUAUUAAACUCUUUAAAUGAGUCUGCUUGGUCGUAUUGACCACAGAAGUAAGAAACUCGCUUGAUAAAUUCAUCAUAGAUCUUAGUUUCCUCUCCCUGUGGUUGAAUGUAAUCUUUUAAAGAGUUUCGAAAGUCAUUUUCGGAUAGUUUACUUCUGGCAUAGCCUACCACAUAAAACGACUGACGGUUCACAGUGUUUCUCAAAUACAGAUUGUAGAGUGCUGGAAACGUUUUCUUAUGGGCUAAAUGACCCGAUGCGCCAAAGACAAUAAAACUCACCAUUUGUAAAGUACAAGUGUGAUAUUUUAUUCGAUUGAAAAGUAUAAAGAAGAAGAAAGUAGACACUUGCUCGUCAACGUAAAAAAUCACUCAGAACACACAAACAGAACUGGAUUAUAGUGAUAUUCAGUCAAAAACUAAUUGAGAAGAGGAUUGGAUUGCCUUUUAUGCCAGUCAGACGACACGAUACCGAAAAAUGAAAAGAACGGAAACACAUGAAAUCAUAUUCAAGCAAAGAGUAGGAAUGACGAAUGCGCGCAAAGGUCCCAUGAAAUCAACAUAUUCAUUUGAGGAAAGAGGGCAUUCUCGAAGGAAACUUCAAGCAAGACAUUUUACUUUGUACCAUUCUGUUCCAAAUUAUAUCGUUUCGCAUUUUCCAUACAAAUUCAAAACUUUUUUGAUUUCAUGAAACACUCUUCAUGAAAUGAUAUCCAUUUGUUUACAGCAUAUGCGCUGUAGUCAACAUCAUGUUCACGUGUGGGUGGCAGAAAUUAAUGUAAUCCAUCAUUUUUCACAUAUGGGCUUCAUCAUCCAUCAUCCAACAUGCAAAUAUGAAUGUUUUUUACGUCAAUAAAACUUGAAUCGAUUUCCUACAGGGAGAUGACUGUGUUUUCGAGAAUAAUGUGAAAAUGGCAAUUAAGGUAGGUAGGUAGGUAGUCUGUUAUCGACAGGAACUCAUAUUGUGAAGUAGAAAAAUAACACAGGGUUGAAGCAGAGUGAGUACAGUUGCAAGGGAACGAAAGAAAGAAAUACUUAUAUAUAUACACAAAAACAAUAAUUUUAGAAAUAUACAUGGAUUAUCUACGUUGGAAUCAAAGCUAUAGCUUUUAUAGUUUCGAAAGAUUAGAGAUUAAUAAUGCAAAUAUUGAUUUAGGACUAUUUAAGUCAGGUAAUCACAAAAGUAGACGUAGAACAUAAAU